UCAAUAUUAUUUUAAUUUGUCGGAACCAAAAACAAAAAGAAAAACAAAGAAAGAAGACAAAAGCCAACAAGCCAUCACCGUCGUUGUCGUUAAAACCUCCAUUAUCAUCAUCGUAAGUUGACUUAUAGAGCGAAUUAACAUCAUCCAAUCUCCCUGAAACUCCUCAGCCCUUUGGCGAUCGAUUCGGACUUUGCCUCCCAUGGAAGGAAGCUUCCUCAUCUCUGAUGCUCAACAAGCACAUGAAGAAGUCAAACAAAAACCUAAUCUCAUCACGGGUCCAGCAGGAUCCCAAGCUAACGAAAGUGGCUGUUUUGAUUGCAACAUCUGUCUAGACACCGCCCUUGAUCCGGUGGUCACUCUCUGCGGACACCUUUUCUGCUGGCCUUGCAUUUACAAGUGGCUACAUGUUCAGUUAUCUUCUCUCUCCACUGAUCAUCACCGCCGUAACAACUGCCCUGUCUGCAAAUCAAACAUUGCAAUCACCUCACUGGUUCCUCUCUAUGGAAGAGGCAUGUCUUCAUCCGUUAACUCCAAGGAACAAGACUCAGAGUCCACAGUAAUACCUCGGAGGCCUGCUCCAUCAACAACCCUAAACAAUCCCAUCGCUUCAGAACCAUCUCUGAACCAAACAAUGUCUCCAACGUUUCACAGCCACCGAUACUCCCCUCGUGGCUUCACCACAACUGAAUCAACCGACCUCGCCAACGCGGUAAUGAUGAGUCUUCUUUACCCGGUGAUUGGGAUGUUUGGGGACAUGGUCUACACCAGGGUAUUCGGAACCUUCACAAACGCAAUAGCUCAGCCUUACCAAAGCCAGAGGAUGAUGCAGACUGACAAGUCUCUUAAUCGGGUAUCCAUAUUCUUCCUUUGUUGCAUCAUCCUUUGCCUCCUUCUCUUCUAGUUCUCUCCCUCGUUGUAUAGACUUUGUUGUAAAUAGCCUGUAAAGGUCUACGUCUUUGUGGUAUAACAACUACAUAUACACUAUUGUUCUGAGCUAGGUCUCUCAAAUUGCUGGCCAAUUGCUCUCUCUGUAUUGCAUAUCUAUAGACAUAUACAUGCUUGUAUCAAUUCUUCAUGAACCAUAUUAAAUGUUUGAGUCUCA